ACGAAGAAGAAACGCCUUAUACGAUAGAGGGUGGAAAAAAAAUCAGAGGAACCUCUCCUGUUUACAACAACAUAAUGGAGCCAAAAUGGUCAAAUAUCAUCUGCAAGCGUGUUUUAUUGACUGGAUUUACGCUAUGUAUUGUAUUAGUCACAAAACCUUCAUCUGCAAUCGACAUACACGCCGACCCUGAAGUGAUGAUGCAGAACGGCACCACAGGAAUCCUUCGAUGCACCUUUAGGUCCAAUGAAGUGGUCAGCAGGGAAACCUCGGUAACUUGGAGCUUUCAGUCGAGUCAGCCCGGCAAUCAGUUCUCCAAAGCUCCAUACGUGAUUUUCUACUUUUCCAAUGGGAAAGAAUCCCCAGGACCAGUUGAGUUCAAAGACAGAGUGCAGUUUAUUGGAGACAUAAACAAGAGGGACGUCUCGAUACAGCUGAGUCCGGCUCAGUUUAGUGACAACGGGACCUUCUUCUGUGACGUGAAGAACCCGCCAGACGUAACAGGAACACCGGCUCGAACAGCGCUCAGGAUCGUUCUGAAAGAAUCUCUUCCUCCGAGCAACACUACCAUUAUAGUCGGAGCAGUUUGUGGUGCUUUGCUUCUGCUCGUCCUCAUCGCUGUAGCUGCCUGCGUUGUCAUGAGGGUGCUUCACAACCGCCAUGAAUAUGAAGGAUGUACAUCCUUGGAAAGCGUGAGCUCUCAGGCUCCAAAACCACGAAAGAAGGUGGAGUCCAGCCUGGAGGGCUCCAGGUGUACCAGUCCCUCGGGUCCACUACAGGGCCCGGUGAUAUACGCCCAGUUGGAUCACUCGGGCAGCAAAAACUCAUUCCACAAGAUGGAGCCAGUGGUCUACGCUGACAUUCGUAAAAACUGAAGAGGAACUGGGGACCAAAAACAUAAAUAAAAACACAGUAAAGUAUCAGACCUCUCUAUCAGCUGCUCUUGGGAAGGGUGAGAAUGUUAAUACAGGGACAAAAGUUGGUGCAGUUUUUCUCUUUAUUUUUUUUUUUUCCUUCUCGUCCUCUGAAAGCAUGAUGCUGUUUUAUGAUAAAGUAAUGUCUCCAUGUGCUUUUUAUUGUAAAGACCAAAAAAAAGCAAAGAAACACUAAUGGACAUACAUCACUCCUUCAAAUUUUUGUAAGUAAAAAAAAAAAAGAAUGCCUUCAUAGAUAUCAUUCCACAUGUUAAGAUAUUUUUAUUGUUAUCAUUGCGCCUACAAAAGGUUCUGCAGGCUGUUGCACCAGCUGAACAUAAGUUUGAUUGUGAGUGUAUAACAACUGCUACAUUGUGAACUUUGUUCCACACUAAACCAUCCCUACCUAAACUACUAAUCAAAACAUUGAUGCCGAAAUGUACGUUACUAACUAGUGAAGGAAAGUGAGAGAUUAAAAAAAGAUACAGUUUAUCCUAUUGCAUGUGAACUAGCUGACAUGUUACAACACGUGUUUGUUCGACUAACAGCACCUCGUCAUUUAUCUAACACUUCUCUGGUGUGAACAUAAACUAUACUUAUAACAACAUCAAUAAAAGUCUAAGAGAUUCUGCCAAAGUCAAAACCUCAACUGUUAGAAAUUUCCAUUAGGAACAACAAACUAUAAGUUGUGGGAAACGGCAAAUUCCCAGCUCUCCUGAAUGUCCCACUUGCGCAUGUCAUAAUCACGAUAAAUAUAAAGGGAUCUUUCACAACCAAUGAGCUACCCAAUUUAAAUAUCAAAGAAAAAUGUUCAUCAUUAGUCUGUCUUGACAACAGUUAAUCAGGGAUGACAAAAGCUGGGCAGACACUGUAUGAUUCAUUGGUCUUGUAUGUUGUGUUAACUCACCUUUCACGUUUUAAUUGGCCUUUCUGCACGGCCAAAAAACAAAUGACUUCUACGCUACACACUGUGUGGUUCAAUACAUUCAUGACUUGGGUGCUCACACAUUUUUGUUUUUUUCAAACAAGGUGGCUGUGUCCUCAACGAUGUUGAUUAAAAGAAAAACUUUGUGCAAUUCUACUUAAGUAAAAAAAAAAAAAAAUGGACCAGCAAACGGAUGGGAAGAUAGGGAAGCUGUUUCUAUCACAACACAGUCUUAAGUCAAGACUACAGUCAUCCACAACAUGUAAAAUACCACUCCGAAUAAUGUUUAAACCAGCUCUCUACACUAAAUAAUGGACCUUUUGACAACAGCCAUGAGGGACAUCGAACCCCUGAGCUGCUCAGACUUUAAGACAGCCGUCCAAAAUUUCAAACGAGCCAGAAAUCGUCCGACAGCCAGAUGGUUUAAGUAAUUUUUCAUUCAUUCAUUCAUUCAUUGAUAACUUCUUGCUGGUGGAAAUCCGUCCUUAGUCGUUAGUCGGAGGACACCAAAGUCUGACAUCAAAGUCUGUUUCCAGGUGUUGGGGAGUAGUACUACAUAUGUGAAAGAAAAUGUGUAUUAAGCCUUUAGUGUAAGGAAGCUAUGUGAAGUCUGAUAAAUUACCUCAAGUGAUGUCACUUGAGUCAGCAUCGGUUGGGGCUGAAGACUACAAGUUUGAAAAUAAAAUCGGUAGAUGUGGAGUUAGAAAGAAGGGCGCUUACCAGAAUUCUGUGGCCCACUGCUCAUCUCUGCUGCAGGCUAAAAGGCUCCGGGCUAUGUUAGCCACUAAUAGCAUAACACACCUGGAUCUCAGACCGAACAAGUUGAUGGCCCAGUUGCAUUGUGGGUAUUGUAAGCGCCAGGUUUUGACAAGGAAGAAGAAUGCAUGGAAUACAAAAUACUACUCUUAAUCUGUACGGUGUCUGUCCAGCCUAACUGUUGUAACUAACUUGUAUAGUGAAGCCUGUUUCUAUAAGAUGACUCUUAAAUGACAUUCCAGCUAAGCUACGUUUGUAUUUACACAAAGAUGGUGCAACAGGCUGCUGAAGCCACAGUUCAUUUCCACCGUUUGGCAGUUCCAUAGUGAUCUUGUUUUGUCGGGGUCGGAUAAUGUAGAGUUAGAUUUUGCAUUGCCUUCAGUAACAUUGCAUGCCGUUAUAAUGACAUCUACAGACUAAAUUUGGUACUCCUCAGAUAGAAGAAGCCGUCUGACGUAUUACUGUGAAUGCUUCAGUUUUCUGUAAAGUCCUGGCAUGCUUUUGUGGUACCUUUUUUUAAAAAGACUCUGCCUCCCGUUUUGAUUUUCACCUCAGUAGAACUCUUAGAGCUCUUUAACCAGUAUUAGUUUCCUUGGUUGCUCCGGGUGUCUGCAUUUGUUUUCUUUUCUUUCUUUUAAUGUGCAUAUGAACAAAACAGCCAAUGCAAUUCAAGUAGAGUUUUGUGUUCUGCAUCCACACUUCAAGAGUUUUUUCUGCCAGUGUGUCGGUGUGAUUUGAAAGAAUAAAAGAAAAGUGGUAUUUCCCUGGGCUUUUUUCCAGCUUUGUUUUGAGUAAUUUAGAAAUACGCAUGUUAAAACAAAAUGUUCAACUGAGGUGAAAUCUCCUUCUAUGAAAACUGGGAGCUCUCAUUUGUUGGACAAAAUGAAUGCUAAAUACACUUUUGCAUGCAAUUUACUAACAUAAUCAUUAUUAUCAAACUAUCCAUCCUUUUUUUCCAUCUAUGUAUUGUGUUAAGCUCUUUAUUUUUUUCAAACUAAUGGGCCAAAUAUCUAAUAUCAACAGUAAUAUUAGGGGAGUUGUUUUCAGAUGCUUUUAAGCUGUAAAAUGCAUUCCAAAUCUGUAUGAUUGUCAUUUAGUUUGAAGCAUUUAAAAGCCAAAAUUAUGUUAAAAUUGUGUUACCGGUGUGGUUACCUAUGAGAAUGAUAUUUGUGUUGUAACCAGUCUAAAUGCCUUCAGCUUCAGCUUGUGAUUCCGCAAAUGUCAAUGUUGACCAGUAUUUGUAUAUAUUUCUUGCUCAUGUAAGAUAUAGUGCUGUUUACUGUAACUCAAUCCCGUGUGGUGUGGCUGUGGAUGUCUUUCUAGAGAAGGAAAGUAGUUUGCUGUAGAGGUCUAGAAAGUUGGCGGCAUGCUUAAUGUUCUCCCUUUUUUGUCUUAAUUAUUUGUCAGCAAACACUCCCAGUGUAUACAGUGCCUGCAGGGAUUGUUGAGCCUGUCAAUUCAAAAUGGCUUUAAUAAAACUGUCUUCAGUCAACAGUGUGCACAAAAAAAAACACAAAAUGGAUGUGACGUGUCUUGAGCUUGAAGGUCGUAUUGGUUUUAGUGCCUCAUCUAUAUUCAAUUCAAAAGAUCCAUAACCUUUUUAAGUUGAUAUGGUGAUAUGUUAACGAACCGUUUAUUUACACAUCCAGAGCCACAAUAUAAUUCUUUUUGGGAGUCGUGUUUCUGGCCACCUGAUGGAUUUAGGUCUAACAUUCACUCUAUUUUAGUUUAGUUUGUUUUUGGUCUCUACCAACUCCUGAGGGGAAACAUCUGGCUCUAUAGCUGCUAAAUGCACCACUGUGUUCACCAGCUAGUGUCUAACUGUGUCUGUCUGUUGACUGUGGUGUGGAGCACAGUGGGUUUUUACUCUGUCAGCUUUUUCUCUGAAAACAGCUGCGCGGUGAGAGUGAACCAAAACAGGGAAGUUGCAGCCAGACAACUAAACAAACUUAAAUAAACAACUUCAUAAAGCUUAACUUUAUACAUUUGUAAUAUAAAAAAAAUAUUGAUUAUUGCCACCUUAAACACAUCCAAGUUAGAGAAUAUUAUGUUGGCUGAGUUAAUUUUAACAUUGAUUCAUCCUCUCAUCCUUAAGAGACCAUGAAUGUUUGUACCAAAUAUCAUGACAAUUAAUCCAGAAUGUUGGGGAACCUUUCAGUUUGUUAUAACUCUGGCCAAUACCAACCUGGACUGUGUGAUUCUACACAGAAAUAAAAUAAGUUGCUUCUCCAGAGUUUUUUUUUCUGCCAGAGUUAAGCUUUAACUUAUUUCAAACUGUCUCUGUUUUGGGGGUUAAAUACUUAUUUACAUGCACAACUACCUUCUGGCUGAAGAAACUCUUAAUUCGCUCCAUUUUGACUGGACUCUGGCUGUGACACCACUCAAUGCAGGCACUGUAGUCUUCCAGUGUUUUAUCUUUUAAUGUUUUCUGUUCUGUUUCCUGUUUGUUUGUUUUUCUUUUACCAGUUAGCAUGUAUUUCAAUGUAUUCACCAAAUCAAAAACAACCUGUAUGAUACCGACUAACCAUUACUGCUGGUCGCUUUACUCCUAAUUGUGACUUGUUGCAGGGUUUAGUGCUGUUGUAGAAAUUGUGAUGUAAACUAUAAAUUAUGAAAGGUUUCUGAUCCAACCGUGCUCACAAGCAACGUUUGGUGUGUUGGUGUCUUAAGGAGAUGAAUGCAAGUUUGUAAUGUACACUCCACUCUUGACGAGUCUUAAAAGUGCGUGCUUAGUGUUCUUCGAUGGUAAAUAGUUGUGUGUUACUUGAGAAUUGUUUGGUAUGUUAUGUUGUAAAAUCUGCACUAUGUCUUGCAAAUCAAAGACAACAAAUUCCCUGUGAUUUUUGUUUUUAUUUUUUCAUUCAUCUCGGAAUGACCUUGGCCUCUGUUUAACGUCUUUAAAACUGGAAUGUUGUACAUUUAGUGCCUUUUACAUUUCAUCAGCUAACUUGAACAUCUGCUCAAACUAGAAAGAUUCAUUUAUUUUUCCUUUUACUGUAUGUAUUUUUUUAUACACAUAAUAUCACCUCUGUAUCCACUGUUCAAAUUUUAUAUAAAACCUAUUCCUGGCCAAUUAAA